CCAGAACACCUGAACACACACCAGAACUCCUGAGCCACACACCUGAACACCUGAACACCCACCACACCCUACCACACCGCCAUGGGAGAGUGCCACCAGGCAAAGUUUGACCCAAAGACCUACUUCAACUACUGCUACCAGUUUGCUGCUGUCCCGGGCCAGAAAGACAACAGCCGCUUCGUCUCCUUCGUCCUCUGUCAGCUUAGCAAGACCUUCUCAACAGGGAAGUACAGGGGCCAGAGGCUGGUAGAGGUGGGAACAGGGCCAACCAUCCACACUCUGAUCAGCGCCUGUGAGUACUACGAUGAGAUUGUGGUGUCGGACUACGUGGACAGCAACAGGAGGGAGAUCGAGAGGUGGCUGAGAGCAGAGGAGGGAUGUUUCGACUGGAACACUCACCUCCAGUACGUCUGUGAUCUGGAGAGGAAAAGAACCCCAGCGAUCGUCACAGACACUCUCCGUCAGAGGGUUAAACAGGUUCUAAAGUGCGACAUCUGCCUGGAGAACCCAUUCCACCCUGUCACGGUUCCACCGGCGGACUGCGUCCUUUCCUCGCUGUGCCUGGAGGCAGCGUGUAAGGACCGCGAGUCCUACCACCGUUCGCUGUCCUCCAUGGUGGGCCUGCUGAGGUCUGGAGGGGUCCUGGUUCUGAUCGGCGACCUGGAUGAGACCUACUACACGGUGGGAGAGCAGAGGUUUGACUGUGUCAACCUGAGUGAGGAGUUCAUCACUGAGACGCUGUCAAGGCUGGGGAUGUGUGUGGAGGAGUUUACUCUGCAGCAGGCUGAGGACAGGGACAGCAACCGCAAGUGUGACUACGCAGCCUCCUUCCACCUCAUCGCCAUCAAACACUGAUCGGUCAUAAACUAACUGAUUAAUCAUUCAUAUUAUAAUAAAUACAACUCUGUUUGUGUUUUGC